AUGACAUUGGAAAAAGUUUAUGCCAUUUAUUCUUUUCUGGCGGAUUGUGAUGAAGAACUUGAUUUUAAAUAUGGAGAACCUAUCAUAGUACUUGAAAAAGAUGAGAUGUAUGGAGAUGGCUGGUGGAAGGGCCGAAAUAUACGUGGAAGAGUUGGUCUUUUCCCUAUGAAUUAUACAAGUAAUGAUAAUCCAAGAGACCCUUUAGAACAUAAGAACCUUCGUAAUAAUAAUCUGUCAAAACCCGUAUCACCACCACCUUUUUCGAUCGAUGAAACAAUUGAUGAAUUACAAGAUAAAUUACAAAGAAUGAUGUUGAAAAAAAGUUCAUCACUAUCAACUUCCAGUAGUUAUGUUUCCGCACCUAUAAGUUCGGAAAAAACUUCGCCAACGAAUUCGCAACUGUUGAACACUUUUGAUAAUCUCAAAAAUUUGUCAUUUUCUACCUCUUCUUCUGACAACAAUUAUAUAAACGAAGAUUUGAAGUUUAAAGAUCAUCCAUCGACCUGGGAUGUACAAAAAGUAUGUCAGUGGUUAGACGAAAAAGGUUAUCAUUCUGAAAGGAAACAUUUUAUUGAAAAUGACAUCACCGGGGAUAUACUUUUAGAAUUAAAUUUAGUCACCCUCAAGGAAAUCAAUAUUUCGUCUUUUGGUAAACGCAUUCGUUUAAAGAAUGAAAUCGCCUUAUUAAAGAAUCAGUAUUCAACGAAUGAUAACGUUAAUGAUGAUCAGACUCAAAGCAAAACACUUUCGGGUUCAUCAUUUGGAGGUUCUGAUAUUAAUGUACCAAACCAUUCCCUUUCAAACGUUGAUGAAACAUUUUCCGACUUCUCAAGCAAGCUGCACAGCAAUCUUCAAACAAUUCCUCCAUCAUCAAAAGAUUCCGAACCGUCAAUGAUUGUUAAGAAACCAAGUCGAUCCUUUUUAAAGUUUGGUUCCUUUUCGAAAGCCACAAAUAAAAAAGAAAAAGUAAAAAAAUUCGACAAACAGGAAGUAAAGCCCAAGAUAGAAAAGAUAUUUAGUAAUAAGGAUGACGUUCGUCCUACGUCCGAAGUAGAAAAACGAUCGUUGAGAUUUAUUCUGAGAAAAAAUAAGAAAAGUAUUUUGGAUCGAAAUAGUUUGGUCGAAAAUCAAUUAGGAUUUUUCAAGGAAUUAUUAGUUCAUGAAGAUAUUGAUUCAAAAAAUCGAGGAGCUAGUUAUUAUUCCGAUCCCGAUCAUAGUAGCGUUAAUUGUAUCGAUGAUGAUAUAUUAAGAAUUGGUGUACCGGAUCAUCAAGGUUCGCUAAUGAAGCAAGGAGAUAAAUAUAAAACCUGGAGAAAACGUUAUUGUAUAUUAAAAGGUUCGGAUUUAUAUUACUUACAGGACGAUAAGACGAUGAAAACGAAGGGUCAUAUUAACCUUACAGGAUAUAGAGUUAUCCCCGAUGAAAAUAUAUACCAAGGAAAAUAUGGAUUCAAGUUGGUUCAUGAUACAGAACGUCCUCAUUUCUUUGCUCAUGAAAAUUUAGCAACAACGAAAGCUUGGAUGAAAGCUAUAAUUAAAUCUACUAUUGAAAGAAAUAUAGCAGCCCCUGUUGUCUCAUCAAAUAAUGUUUCAACGAUUACAUUAUCCGAGGCAGCGAGUCGGAUGGUCCCAUCACGCCCGGCUCCAUCACCACCAUUGGUUACCAAUAAUAAUACCACAAAUUUAUCACCGCGCCGUCCAUCGACCUCUGAUUCUGAGCAAGGUAGUGAAAUAUCUUUACAGCAUAAACUCAAAGUACAACCAACAAGAACCCCACCAUCAUAUCCCAAACCAUCAACACUUAAAAUCAGCAGCAGACCUACGUCACCUGUAUCCAAUUUCAAUUCACCUACUAAAAAACGUUCUGAUUCCGUAACGAAUCAACCAAAAUUUCCUUCAAUGUCUGUAUCGCUUUUAAAUGCGCACAGAUCUCCUGCUUGUCAUGAAAAUAAGUUUAGUGGGAUUUCAAUGGGUUAUUAUGUGUAG